AUGAUCAAGACGCUAAACAAGCAGCUGACCCACUGUGAGAGCGACCUGCAGGCGCACAUCGACCUCGUCUCGACGCUCGAGUCGUCGCUAGGCGAGUCGGAGAAAAAUCGUGAGUACGCGCUUCAUUGUUCGCUUGCGGUGCAUUUCGGAGUGCACGUAAUGGAGUCGGUCGUGAUCGCUCACACGAUUGUCUUCCCCACAGUACGCAAGGCACGGAUGCAAGCGACGGAGCUGGCGCGGGAACGGGACAACCUAACCGGACAGAUCGCGGGGCUGCGUGCGGAACUGACGGAGGCGAAGACGGAGGUGGUGAACGUGCGGCGGUCGAUCGUGCAGGAGAAGGAGUCGCUGGAGCACAAGCUGGACGAGGAGCGGCGGGCGAAGGAGCGGGCGCGGGCGCAACUGGACAGCCGGAUGGACGAGCUGCAGCGACGAAAGUCCAAGUUUGCGUGUCUGUGA